AUGUCACGCGUCACCAGUGGAGAACACCUUGCGCGACAAGAGUUAGAGGAAGUCAUUAAGACCUCGACUCACAAGCGCUUACAAACUGUCCUGCUCGAAAUAUGCAACGAGUCGCCAGAAGCUUUCAAGCUAGCACACGACAAGCUUUUUGUGAAGGAAGAAGCAGCAGGGCGGCCAGCCGUGUCGCUUCUUGAUGGGCCGCUCGCAGAGAAUUCCGCCUUCAAGUUACCAAGAGCUCAGAAGCGCGGUCGACGCUUCGACAUUUGUGCGAAUGGCAUCCAGGUAAGAAGAUCCCGACCAUCAAAGUCCAUAAAUGUAUCACUCACAUCUAUACAAGGAGACUUGGAGGUGUUUGAAGAUGAGGACUUUUGGGCCGAUUAUGAUGAAAACUGCCACGGAGAGAUCGAUACCGAAGAAAUGCGUGAGGAGUAUCCUGAAGGUUUCGUCUGGAGUUGUUGCAAGGGGUAUGGUGAUGCUAAGGGCUGUAGAACAGAUCCUCACGAGCCACGCUCUGCGAAGAGAAGCAGGACUGAGAGUCCCAGUGGCGAGUCAUCAUCGGAACACGAUUCUGAAUCAGAGUAG